UCUGUUUGGGCAUGACGUAACUACCGUAAAACAAUAUGGCGUACUCGGAGAAAGAUGAUUGCGGAUGAGUCUAACCGGAUAGACCGCCGCCUCUAGUGAGGCAAACGUUGCUGUUUGACGUAACGUUUUCGGUAAAAUACAUCAAUGUCAAUCAGCGUUGGUGAGCGCGCCUGUUAAUUUUGUGCACGGACUUUCUGUUCAAGUCCAGUUGCUAGUCGGCGCUCAAGAUGGAUGGUGGAGAGUACGUCUCCCCGAUGGAGAACGUGGACCCGACUUUAGCAGAGUUAGUGGGAGAUGAACUCACACUUGGGGACUUCGAUGAGAUGCUCCAGUAUGUCAAGGGCGACUUCCCAGACCUGUUUGAGGAGCCGAUGGCCAUCUCUGGCUCUCUCAGCACCGCUCCUCGACCCGCCAAUCAAAACGCUCAGACUCCCCAAUCAUCAACCCCAGUCGUCCCACAAUUCCCCAACGCUGGCCUCUCUGCCCCCCAGUCGCUGUCACCCAGGUCCGGGUCGCUCCCGCCUUCUCUCUCCCCUACUCAGACCCCUGCCACAGCAUCCACAGGGCAGCAGCAUGUGACCCGCAGCCCCCCACCGCUUCAGCCACGACCCCCAGUGGUCCAACCCAUCCAACCCCAACCGAUGGCUCAGCCUACCAUCCAGGUGCAGACCCACACGAUCCCAAUGCAGACUCAGCGAUUCCCAGUACACACCCUGGUUCCAACAGCGAUCCCGACACAAGCCACCCAAGCUGUGAUGGUUGCCUCCAACAGUGGCCAGUCCCGUUUUAUCCCAAACCCAGUCAUCUGCGCCCAAAGCCCUUCUCCUGGUUUCCCAGUGCUCCAACCACAGCUACCGAGUAUCAUGAGCCCAUUGACGUUUCAGCAUCACCGCCUUCUGACACCCACUGGUCAAACCAUCCAGACUAUAUCCACGGCGCCCACUGCAAUCCAUGCUGUGCAGCAGCCUGUUCUGGUUCCACAGCCUCAAAUUCUAAAUACUGAUUCCCUUGUUUUGACGACACUUAAACCAGAAUGUACUCAGGUACUCACAACCAUGCAACAUCCAGCAGGGAUCACCACUUUUACCACAACCCCCCAGAACACGACACUGCAAGUCCCGUUAUACAGCUAUCAGUACCCUCAAAAGACUGCGAUUCCUUUUAUGGUGGGAGGGGGAGAUAAGCUCACCCUUAAACAGGUACCAUCAGGCUCUGCCCACAACACACAUGUUGCCAACGGAGAGCUGAGCCCAGUGACAGGAAGUCUGAUGUGCCAAGGAGGGGUGGUAAAAGAGGGUGAAAGGAGAACCACCCACAACAUUGUUGAAAAGAGGUACCGCUCGUCCAUCAAUGACAAGAUUGUGGAGCUCAGAAACUUGGUUGUGGGCAAUGAUGUUAAGAUGCAUAAGUCGGGAGUGUUGACCAAAGCUAUUGAUUACAUUAAGUACCUGAAACAGGUCAACCACAGACUCCGUCAGGAGAACCUGACCCUCAGGAUGGCCAACCAGAGGAACAAGCUAGUGACACUGUCCGAGGAUAUGGAGCCGAAAGAGGAAAUUCCGAUAAUGUCACCUCCAGCCUCUGACUCGGGCUCCCCCCUCCAGUACUCGCCAUUCUGUUUGGACUCUGACCCUGGCACCCCAUUACUUGAUGACGAGCUGAUGAAGUGCGAGCCAGACUCUCCUUCCUCAGUUGGCGUGAUGGAUGGUUCUCGCCUGCUUCUCUGUGCCCUGAUCUUCUUUGGUCUGUCUCUGAACCCACUGCCCUCGCUGUUGGGGUCUGACACGUCUUCAAGCCCAAGUCUUUCUGCAGGGCAUGGGCCAUCAAGGACGCUUGUUUGGUUCCCAAGUCCCACACAGGACUUUGCCUCGUGGCUGCGCUGUAUGUUGCCGUGGCUGAUGGUUUGGGUCAUCAGUGGGGUGGGAGCAGUGUGGGGUUGUGUCCGUGUGCUGUACCUUUGGGAACCUGUCACGCCGCUUCACUCCCCGAAGUCGGUGUCCUUCUGGAGGCACCGCAAGCAAGCCGAUGCACACCUCAAGCGCGGGGACUAUGCUGCUGCAUUGCCUCGUUUAGAGACCUGUCUGUCCAUCUUGACCAGAGCUUUGCCCUCCACCAAACUGGAUCUGGUGUGCUCGUUGUCCUGGAACGUGAUUCGCUAUUGUUUGCAUCGCCCAACCCCGGUCGGCUGGCUGGUUCACCAAGUCGGAGGAAAACACGAAGGGGACGAGGCGAGGACGAGUGCAAAGGAUGCAGCACUGGUUUACCAUCGUCUGAGCCAACUGCAACUCACAGGAAAGGUCCCCGAGCGCAGUGCCUUGUGGGCCCUGUCUCUGUCUAUGAGCGCUGUGAACCUCAGCGAGAGCGCCCAAGGGAAGAUGGCUCCAGGCCAGCUCACCGAGAUCUAUGUCACUGCAGCCACAGCCCUGCGUGCUGUACUGGGGCUCCAUUUCUCCUUCCUGCCCGGUUACUUAUUGAGCUGUGCAGAGAGCAUUGCCAGUCCAUCGGAAGCAAAACAGAUCCCCCGCUGCCUGCGCUGGCUAUUCACACCAUUGGGCAGGCAGUUUUUCCUAAACUGCGAUUGGUCGCUGAAUUCCGAGAGCAUCGAUGUGGUGUUUACAUCGCAGAGGGAAGACCAAGCCGACCCAAUGGCGCAGUUGCACCGCUGUUUCUGCAGAAAGCUGCUGGAGAGAGCCGUACACAGCCUCAUCCAGCCGCAGAAGGACUCUGAAGGAGGCGAGCACAGGACAAACUCGGGGGAGUUUUCCAGUGCCCUGGACUUCCUGCAGCAGUUAAGCAACUGUACAGAUGACUCUGCCUCUGCUCUUCCUCCCUUCUCAACUCCUCCCAGUCACACCAUCACGCCAGUGAGAGAUCCGGUGAGUCGUUGGUGGGCUUUAGUACUGAAGGCCGCUGUCUAUUGGCUUCAGGGUGAGGAUGCCACUGUGAGGUCACUGCUGGCAGAUACCGAGAGAAUGCCGGGGGCUCUGCAGACUGGAAAACACCCACUGCCCAGAGCUGUGCUGUUACUAUGCAAGUCAGUUCAGAAGAGUCUGUUGCCUCUGAAGGGAGACGGGACACAAGCCUGCCUGUCCAGUUGUCACCAAGCCAGCAAUUACCUACGCUCCAGCAUCUCUUUGCACCUCGGCCAGCCGGAGAGUUGUCUAGACCAGGCGAUGGAGCUCCUGGUGUGUGAUCUUUUGCUUACCUUGAGGACAAGUUUAUGGCAGCGAGGCAGCAGCACUCAUGGAGACCGUGGCCCAGCACCUGCAUCCCAGCUGGCAGGUUUUCAGAAUGACCUGAGUGCACUGAGAAAGCUCACACAGUCGUCCAGACAGGCGCAACAUAAGGUGUUCCUCCAUGAGACCACAGUGAGGCUGAUGGCCGGAGCCUGUCCCACAAGGACACACCAGCUGCUGGAUCACAACCUGCGACGUAGAACACAGGGCUCCUGCGCUGCAGAGGGCGAGAGGGAGCGCGCUCAUGCCAUCUUGCUGGCCUGCCGCCACCUGCCCAUACCCCUGUUGGCCCCGCCAGGGCACCGCGCCCACCUGCUGAACGAGGCCAAGCGCACCCUGGAGCGGGUGGGAGAUCGCCGAUCCCUACAGGAUUGUCAGCAGAUCCUGUUGCGCCUGAGCGGCGGCACGAGCAUCGCUGCAUCCUAAACACACACGCACACACACACAGUUGAACUCCUUCAUUUACAGCAUGUAAAUAAUAGAAAUCAAAUCAUGUGCAGCUGCUUGAAUUGCUCUGCUCUAGCACAGUGGCGCCACCGUUUGGUCAUUGGUGGUACAACACUAGCUGCUUUUUAAAAUAACAAGGGAAUAUCAGGUGAAGUGAUCUCGGAGUUAAAAAAGGGAGUGGUGUGAUAAAAAAAAAUUUUGAAAUUAAUAAAUAGCUGUUGAUACCAAGCUGCAGGAUAAUCAGCUUGACUUUAUAAAGUCAAAGUUUGCAGGCUUUUGUUUUGAAGGGCUGUACACGGCGUAAACAGAGAGGCUCAGCGCAAAGUAGUGUCAUGUCUACCUCACACACAGUACAAUAUACUGUGGGGAAAAAUAACUUUAACUUGGAGGAUGUUAAAGGUGCAAUGUUCUAUUAAUCUCUCUGAGGGACUUUUUUUUUCUUCAUAAAGAGUGAAUGAUGGGCCCCAUUGUAAUUGUUGUUUUUUCCUCUAAACGUUUGAACACCUUUUUGAGGCUCUUAACCAUCCCAGCAAGUCCCCGCAUUUCGCAGGCGCGUCAGGUACGGUGAAAAGUGAAAAUACAAUUUCGAAAUUGGCUCUCUAGCACCACCCACCAGUUUUGCAUGUUGGCACCAAAAUCGUACGUAAAAGUCUCAAAAACCCGUACUUGAAAAUGAACAGGAAGUCGGCCAUCUUGGUUUUUGAUCUGCCGUUUUUCAACAAAAAACAAGGGUCGUGCUUUAACUAAUUCCUCCUUGAGACUUUGACGAAAUGAGUUGCGGUAAAAAUGACUACACACAUAGGUGAUGAUGAAUUGCAAACAAAUUUUGCCUACGCCAUAGGAUGUGGGCAUGACACGGCGCCAAACAUUGCUCCGAUAAUUCGCCACAAAACACGAAACGUUAAUAACUCGGCUCCACAUAUUUAAAUCUUGAUCUUAUUUGGUAGACGUGAUGAUGACACCCUGAAGUGCCCAAUGUUCCUACUGGCUUGUAGUGCACUUGAGCUGAUCAGAGACAGAUACUAAACUGAUGGGUGAAGAUAAAUUGUAAAAAAUAUUUUGCAAAUGCACGAAAAGUCCCCACAUUUUGCAGGCGCGUCAGGUACGGCGAAAAUGUAUAUGUUUUUGGGGUUCCUAAAUUGAAAUUUAAAAAUCCGCUCUCCUUCGCCAUGUUUUUAUGAUUAGAAAAAGAAAAAAAAAGCCACUCCUACGAGUUUCACGUAUUGACACGAAAAUUGUAACAAACGUCCAUCAGGAUGGGACGCACAAAAAAGUCUCUGAAUCCCAUACCUGAAAACGAACAGGAAGUCGGCCAUCUUGGUUUUCGUUUGCCAUCAUUCGUCGAAAAAAGGGGUCACACUUUAAUGAACUUUUCCUCGGAACUUUGGCGUAAUGAGUCGGGGUUACAAUUACAGACACUACACAUAGAGGUGAUGAUAAAUUGAAAACUAUUUUUUCCUACGCCAUAUGUGGGCGUGGCAUGGCGCCAAACUUUGAUCUAAUAGUUCGCCACGAAACGUUUACUCGGUUUCACAAGUUCAAAUCUUGAUCCUUAUUGCUAAAGAGGAUAAUUUUGGUGGUGGGUCAGGGCAUCGGAAAGGACGUGACCACAAGUGUCACAUGUGCCGACCGACUCGCGUGAACCCCCGCGGUGCAACGGGGCGAUGGCCCGUUCAACGCUGCCCGCAGCUUUAAAAAUGUUAGGAGUGUUACUAAUGCCUACUUACUCACACAUACAGGACAUGUACAAUUUUCUGAAUAUUAAUAGUCAGACUGUACAUAGGUAGAAAAUGCAGCUAAGCUAUAUUUUAAAGUAGAUUAACCCCUUUCAGAAAAUGCAACUAUGCUAUAUUUUAAAGUAGAUUGACUCCUUUAAGGGAGACCCUUAUUGAGUGUGGUGGCUGGACAAGCAGAGCAGUUUUAUACAUUUUACAUUUAAGCCCCUAAGCAAAGUGGAAACAUUUGUUUUUCAUUUAUUACCAUUCAAAUCAAUUUCUUACCACCAUUUAAAGUUGAUAUUAAAAAUAUUUCCAAUGUGGGAAUCCUCUUUUUUCUAUUGUAAAAUACGUUUUAACUUUGUGGCCUAAAUGAGGAAUAAGUGUCACAUUCAAUGUAAAUCCUUCAAGCCUCUUAAUUGUAAACAAAAGGGGCUUUUAUCAUAUUUUUAUUGGUAGUUUUUGUUUUGCCUCCCAACACAAGGCACUUCUGUCAUUCCUGUCUGAUUUUUCUUUGUCUUGUACGUUAAAGGCUCCAGAAAGAUGUUCAAUAGUAGAGAACAUAGACAAGCAGUAGUUUGGGGUUGCCCUUUUAUGAGUCCACUACAAGUUAUUCCAUCUCUUGUUAGCAAACACAAGUAUGUGCUUGGAGAAACUUCCAGAAGAUUGUCCCACAGGUCAAAGCAAGCAGAUCGUUCUAUUCCUUGACGGUGCACAAAGGAAGGGAGCAAAGCUGGAUUAGUCAUAGUUAAUUAGCGGGGGUAUCAUUCUUCUGUCGUGAUUAUGUUACAACUUUUGAUGUGAACGUCCUCUCCACUUUGAGUAGUUUAUUUUUCCAAUUGUAUGUUUAUUUUAAUGUUGGUGCUUUUAUAUAAUAAAACAACACGUGAUGGUG